AUGGAGGGAAACCUCUCCGCGCGAGGCAAAGCCUUCGCAGCACAGAAGCCAACAUCCCUCGAGGUAUUGAGUGAUUUGUGGGAUCCGAUAUCUAACCCCGAUGGGAUCGUGAAUAUUGGUCUUGCCGAGAAUACUCUCAUGCACGCGGAGAUGGAGAGGUUUAUCAAUUCUAAUGUUUUGGUAUUAAGUAGCGUCCGGCAGCUGCGAAUCGAUGCACAUGCAUUGACCUAUGGAGACGGGUUCAGCGGAUCGCACAAGCUCAAAAAAGCCAUCUGUCAUUUCCUGAGCCGUCUUUUUUCUCCCCGGAUUGCGCUACGGCCCUCCCAUCUUGCCAUUACAUCCGGCGUCAGCAACGCAAUAGAAUGCUGUGCCUGGGCUCUAGGAGAUUCUGGGGAUUACAUUCUGGUUGGACGGCCGUAUUUCAAUGCAUUCAAGACAACGUUUGGAACCCGACCAGGAAUUAACCUUAUCGAAGUCACGUUCGGAGUAACAGAUCCAUUUAGCAUGGCUGCAGUUGAACGCCUCCACAAUUUCCCCUCAAGCCUUGCAGACCAAGUUUCGACAUCUCUCUUACUGGAUGACACGUUCACAAGAGACUACAUCGCGACUAAUCAAAUUCGCUUGGCAGAAAGCUACCAUUUCGCGACGGAAUUUCUCCAGUUCCACCAUAUUCCAUACAUUGAGUGUAAUGCCGCAUUCUUCAUAUGGAUGAACUUGGGAGCCGCAGUCAAAGAUCGGACAGCCACUGAUAAGGAUAUUCUGGCAAGACUCCGAAAAGAGAGUGUGUACAUCGCGGCUGGGACCAUCUAUGCCGCCGAGGAAGCUGGGUGGUUUCGAAUGGUGUUUGCGCAUCCUCAGAAUUUGUUGAGUGAGGGACUCAAUCGAAUGCUUCGGGCUAUUCAAUGA